AUGGACCAGCCUACAGGAUCUUCGGAAGCACCAGAACGCGCGGUCUCCUCUGAGCCCAGCUCAACGAGACCCAACCCUUUCACAGAGGACGACGACGCCUCAAGGAAGCGACGCCGUACCUCCUUGUCUGGGGGCUCCCGAAGCCGAUCCGCCGAAAGCCCUAGAUCCGGCCCUGAUACCUCCAGCUCCCCAGCUGCAGACCUCCUCGCCGACGAUCAUAAUACUCAAGACUCCGCCAUGAGGAUAGAUACCGGCCCCUCUACCCCGCAAACCCCAGAGAUGCAGUCGACUGCCCGGCAGCCCCCGACAGAACCUCCUUCGAGCCGUGUCACGAUAAACCUGCGCAAUCCCGCCCAGCCCGACCUGUCCUCGUCGUCUCCCGUCUCCCCGACCCGUCAGUCCUUGCCAACCCAGUCGGCCGAACCCCCGGAUGGCGUCAAAAAAAGCGUUGAAGACUUGGAAGAGGAGGAGGUGGACAUGGUUCAGGCUCCCAUAGAAAUCACGGAUACCCCGCCGUCAACCUCAUCGAGUAUGAGCCCCGAAGUUGAGGUGAUUGCCAUCCCGGACGAAGAACAGGAUGCCCCAUUCGACGAUGAGGUUAGCAUCAUCAGAGAGGAUGCUGGCUCUCUCGACCCUCUCGACCCCACCACAGAUUUCCCAUACCACGAAGCCCUCGAAUCUUUGCAGGACACGGCGACGAGACUGGUUAACUACCUCUCUCCACCGAAUGCCCCCCCAGACGAAGCCGUUCUCGAUUCUCUGCGAAUAUGGAUGAUUUCUUACAUACAAUAUGUCACCAACGUUGGCGUGAACGCUGCGCUUUCAGCUUCGCGGGACAGUGGACCUAUUAUCGCGGAUUUCUUCAGCGCGUUCUCCAAACUCGCGUCUUUUUUUAUCGAAUUCGAUUAUCUGACUGCUGAGGCUUUCCACACCAACCCUGAUGCUGAUGGACGGCAGCCAGAGUACUUGAUUGGCCGCUUUGUGCAGCCACUUUUGACGUAUGUGAGAAGGGAAGAGGUGCGGGCUCACAACGCAAUGCAAGCAGAUGAGGAGAUGCAUUGGACGGCUGGAGGCAGCGUCACAGAGAUGCUGGAUCUGUUCCUGUCAGGGUCCGGGGACCUCAAACUAUUGAACACUCUCACUCAGAUGCAUCUAGCCAAUGCUCUGAGAUACCAGCACAUUAUGGACAUGCUAGUGCCGAUUACCAACAUCACAGCACUUAUAGUGCGAAAGGCAGCACAGGUUAUCCGUCACCCGCAGGUCACACCCCAGAAGUUCGAAAUGUCAAAAACCAGACUCGCCGACGGCCAUAUCCUGUGCAACAUGGUUUCAGGAGCUCUCACCACUGUCAUCGAUAAGAACGUCACCCAACUCUCGAAUGAAAACGCGCAGACACUCAUUUCGGCUUUGCACGAGAUCCUCAAACUAUCGUUGGGUGGAGACCACAACUUGGCAACUGAGCGUCUCAAACUGCACCGACAAAGCUAUCCCGAACUCCCUGCAAAGUUUACUGCCGAUGCAAUUGCGAUGGAAUGGAAGCUUGGCGUCCUCGGGAAGCUCAUCACGUCCAGCCAGAUGCAAUUGCGUGUCAUGGCAGCCUCCACAAUGUGCCAAGAUCUCGUUUCUCUGUACAAGAAGAACAACGACAGUGAGGAUGACAGCAAAGACUACAAGGAGGAAUGCUCUAAGUUCCUCAAAUACAUCGCAGAGUACCUUCUUCGUACCAAGUUGGUGGACUACAUAUUGGGACCAACAUGCCAUCCUGAGAUUACCGUGGAGAGCGGCAACAUUGUUGGCUUUUUGGUAGUUACGCACUUCUACCGGAAGGAGCAAACCGAUUUACUCUGGCAAACGAUUACAACGACGCAAGACCCGCGAGUGUCGGAAGCUCUGAUCCGCAUGGCGACACCCCUUACGACCCUUUUUACCAAGGAGGAACUUCUCUAUUUAUGCGAAAAGGUGCACAACAUGCCACUCGAGGCCUUCACGACAUCUGUGCGCGGUCUCUGCACUUCCAUGCUAAAAGAUCUUCACCUGAAAUUCAAUCUCGCAAAAGAAACGCCGAACAUCUUGCCGUUGAGCUUCUGCAUUCGACUUCUCCGCGAGGCGUCAGUCUACAGCCCAGAGUCACACAUCACGAACCCUGAAGUGCACCAAUUCGCCAUCGAUAAGUUCAAGGACUUGGUUAAAGACGGACUUGACCCCGAACUAAGAAAAGAGAUUUAUAAUGAUUGCAUCAGGGACAUUGCCGCAAAAUCAUCCACAACGCUAGGUACCCUGUGGUGUCUGGGUAUGGCGCUGCGACCAGCUGUCGCGCACGAGUUACGUGUUCUCACGGCGGAACACAACUUGACGGCCCUUCUCGUUGAUGAGCUCGAGCACGCCAUCGAGCAGGCAAAACGGGCCGGAAUUCCGAUUGUGCUUUGCGAACAUUUCAACAGUCCCCGCAGGGAACUGAUUAGCUGGAUUCUCACCCACGAGCCCACCACGGUCACUUCCGACCUUGGCCCACGCCUAUGGGAUAUGUUGGUCGGUCACGGCGCUGCAUGUCAAGAUGACAGGGGCGCGGGCUGGGCAAUCCUCAAUAAUCUCCCCAAAGAGGGCAAAAGCAAUCCAUUUCGAUUAGUGUGCUUCACUGAGUACCUACCCAACCUCCCACGGGACUGCCUAUGCGAAGGAACGCUACAAUUCGUCAAGGAAGCCAUCGUCUCGCGAGUAAAUGAUAUCAAUGACAUCAUCCUUGACGACGACGAAAGCCUCGCUCAGAGUGGAAUAGAGCAGCUCUGGCGAAUGGUACUCGACGCAGAGAACUUGGCGCUUGUGGACGCUGCAAUUCAGACACUUGUGGUCGAUGUCUACAUUGAAAGCGAGUCAAUUUUGGCAUACCCGCACCAUAGAGCACGCCAAGUUCACCUGGGUUUGGUGAAUCGCUGCCUGAAACAGAUGGAGGCCGCCGCGAAGCGACUCGAAUCUUUCAAUGAGGGAACCCGGAGCGGAGAUGACGAGCCAAUGGUGAUUGUGGCGACAGAAGAGCAAACCAGAGAACAAGAGCGUGUCUUCAUACGAUCGCUUGCAGUACUUCGACACUUUCUUAGGGCGCACCAGACGAAGGCUCAUUUUUCCGCGCCUGACUUGCGAGCGUUGACCCCUGGCUCCCCGAGUGUUACGGAGGGAGAGUCAGCCGAGCUUAAGUUUCAAUCUUUUGAUGGAAAUAAGCAGACCGACAUUAUGCCUCUUGAGGUCGGACGCCGGAACACGGCAGCUUCUUUGCUGGCAAGCAUCAGGCAGGCCACUGGGUUCGACAACUACCGGAUCUACUACCGUGGCCGUCCGUUUGCACCCAACGAAAACGAUGUUUGCCGGUCUUUGGAGGAGCUCAAGAUCCAUGAUGGCCUGAUUCUGGUCAAGAGAGAGGAGAACGGUACCACUGCCGCUGCUAGGAUCAAACCAGGGGCAUCUCUUCUUGAGAUCGAGAUACUGGGACAUUUUGGGCAACUGUGGAAUUAUUUGAGCAUGCAAGAAACUCUUGCCAGAGAGAUCCACAACUUCCUCGUCAAACUACCCGCAGAUGCACACAUGAUAGCCGCUUUUGAUUCUCCCGACACGUCAUACGAGCAGAUCUUCCCACUCGGACAACCGUUCAAAUCGCAAUAUGCGUUGUACGCGAUGCGAGAGUAUAUGGAUUCUGCUGUCCGUCGAUUGAAAGAAGCCGUUGCCACCUCUGCCCCGGAGCAAAAGAGUGCAAUCACUGAUGCGUACCUUGACGCUCUAGUAAGAGUGCGGAAGCUUGUUGUCGCAGCCAUUUCGGACCCGGAUGUCAUUGACAGCUCAGGGUCGGAGGUGCUGAAGAAUCGUCUUGCGUUCACCUUGAUGAAUACCUAUUUGCUGACAUUAAGAGAGCCUGCGCCAUCAGGAUCCUCACUCAAAUAUAAGUCAGUUGCCAUAGCACCUCCUGGCCGACUCGUCGAUGUUCUGAGCUCCGCAAUCAACGGACGGCACAACGAAACUUUUGUUUCCCUCACGGCGGCCACUUUUUCGGCCAUCAUCCGAAGUAUUGCUAUGGACUUUGCUUUCUGGACUGCUUUCGAGACUCUGCCGAAUCUUGAGGACCUGCUAGGGACCCUGCUUCUGGACGAACCAUGCGACACCAUUCGCGUUAACAUUGCUAAGAUCAUAGAGGAUAGGAUCAUCUCUCCCAGCGAGUCGACACCAAGCACGCGCUCCUUCUGCGAGCGUCUUUGGCCAAUGCUUAACAGACUCAUCGACAGAGCGGUCGAGAAGCCGAGACAAUGCUUGCAAGUCUUCAAGCUGUCUCAUAUUCUUCUCAUCAAGCUCUGCCGUGACAACCCUGGUGUCGUGAAUAGGGACGGCAGUCGCGGACGAUCUUGCAUCCUGUCGACUGCCACCAGAUUGGUCCUGGGAGACAUCGUCUUCUAUUUGGUGUCCAGAUCAGAGCAACGCCUACACGAGAUGCUGAUCGAUUUGGAGAGCUUGGUUCCUUUUGACGAGUUCGAGAACGAUCCUUAUAUCUACGAGCUGCAACCACAAUUCGACCGCAUGUCUGCCAUCAGAGCUCCUUGUGGAUACGCUGGACUUCGGAACCUGUCCAAUACAUGCUACCUCAACUCACUCUUCACUCAACUCUUCAUGAAUACCGGCUUUCGUAAAUUCAUGGUUGAUGCCGUCACAGAUGAGCUACAACCGCAGAAUCUAGUGGCCGAAACCCAGAAGCUGUUUGCGUUUAUGCAAGAGAGCGCACGAAAGUUCAUCGAUCCCAGCUUGCUUGUGGGAUGCAUUAAGACGUACGAUGACACGCCUAUUGAUGUCCACAACCAGAUGGACGUCGACGAGUUCUACAAUCUUCUUUUUGAUCGAUGGGAAGGACAGCUCAACACUGUUGAAGAAAAGCAGGCGUUGAGAUCCUUCUAUGGUGGUCAGCUGGUGCAGCAGGUUGCGUCCAAAGAAUGCGAUCACAUCUCGGAGCGUCUGGAACCGUUUUCGGCUAUUCAGUGCGAUAUCAAGGGUAAAUUGAAUCUGCAAGACAGUCUCCAAGCAUACGUCGACGGUGAAAUCAUGCAAGGAGACAACAAGUACAAGUGCUCGAGCUGCGACCGGCAUGUCGAUGCCGUCAAAAGGGCGUGCCUGAAGGAUAUUCCCGAUAAUUUGAUCUUCCAUCUCAAAAGAUUUGAUUUCAAUCUGCGUACAUUGAUGCGCAGCAAGAUCAAUGAUUACUUCUCGUUCCCCACCAAAAUCGACAUGCGGCCGUACACGAUUGAUCACCUCGGAUCUCCCUCUGACUCGGGCGAAGAGGACAUGUUUGAGCUGGUUGGCGUUCUGGUCCACGCAGGUACUGCGGAAUCGGGUCACUACUACUCAUACAUCAGAGAACGGCCAACUGGCGCCUCGUCAGAAGCCUGGUUUGAGUUCAAUGAUGACGUUGUCUCGCCUUGGAAUCCAGCCGAUUUGGAAAAGUCAACCUUCGGUGGCCCAGAGGUGCCCUUUGACAACGGAGUUUCCUAUGACAAGACGUACAGUGCUUACAUGCUGUUCUAUCAACGAUCGUCUGUCCUGAAAGCAGAACAGGAAAAGGCACAGAGUCUGUCCCUUCCUAUGCCACUGAAGGUCACUCUCCCCAAGGACGUUGCCGAUCAUAUCGCGGGGGAGAACACCAUCUUGCUCCGAAGGCAUUGCCUUUAUGAUCCGAGUCACUCACAGUUGGUUCUCAAGACAUACGACCAUGCGCGAAUGCGGGAUGGGGGCUUGUGCUCUCCCAUGCACCUCGUUGAGCAGCGAGCCAUGCAUAUGCUGCUGGGUCAUCUCGACCAAGUUGCAUCGAGAACCAAGGAUCUUCCCUACUUCGAAGCAUUCCGACGACAGAUCGAACGCGCCUGCGUGAAUUGCGUCAAAUGUUCGUUGGAUUUCAUCGAGUAUUUCCAAGAAAGACCCGAGUCAUUCCGACAACUCCUUCAAAGAAACCCGGACCCCGGCGUCCGGUUCGCGGUUGGCAGCCUGUUCAUCACGAGCCUUCGGACGAUAAAGGCCUCGCAACCCGAGGCUUACUACGUUUCCGAGGAAGAUAUGGUUGAGGAGCCUGUCAUAGCCCAAGUUAUGCAGCUGUUUGACACCCUCUGGAUCAACUUCCAAACGAAUAUUCGUUCCUGGUCUGAGGUUUUCCAAACGAUCCUCGCAUUCGCCAAACUUGGUCCGGCAGAGACGGCAUUACUCUUGUCGGAAGACUGGUUCAUGAAAAUUCUGCGCAUCAUCAUUGCGGACGCAAACUUGGAGAUGCCACAGCAGUACAUGCGAAUGCUGACGAACGUUAUGCGUCGCAUGAGCAACACCCGCGCGAUUCAGUACGACAUGAUCAUUCAACUCGCCGAGCAUUUUAUCGGUUCUUUGGAAGGCAUUCUUGAUCCCAGCACUAUCGUGGACGGUCCCGAGGUACGGUGGGAGCUCUACAUGGAACACCAGAAGAAGGUUGGCUCACCGCAAAGGUUUCCUUGGACGUCGAGCGAAGUAACCCACCUUCUACAUGAGCUGGGCAAGGGUAGCGGAAGCAUCUUCGUCAAGAAGUUGAUUGAGCUAAACCAAGAACAUCUGUUCACGGCAGCCAUCAUCAGGCGGUUGAUGAAUUCUGGCCCCGAAAUGGAGUCGAAGGUCUUCUCUGCUAUCAGAACCAUGAUCAGCGGACAACUGGUGCAAUAUGCGGUGACCCCUUUCAUCCAAGCGGCCAUGGUAUUCUCUGAGCAAAGCAGAUCCGAUAACUACGUACUGUCGCUCUUCCGCCACGUUGCCGCCGAAUGCAGAAGCUUGCAAAACUCGGAAGGUGCCGCGUUCUUGGGCUUCUUCAAGAUGGCCUACAGCAGCCUUCAAAACAGCAGCGACGAAAACGACGAGUCCCGGCACAUGGUUUACAUUGAUUUCAUCCCCAUGUGGGCGCCCAGCCUGCUAGGCUUCUUCGAGCCUGAGGUGCGACGUGAGACAGAGUACUUCCUGUCGGCAUGGCUUUCGACUCACGUGCCGGAUGACAAGGAAGACAAGUUCUCGGCCCUUGUCAACAUGGCAGCUCGGAAACUUGCCAUGAACUGCCUGUAUCUCCUCAGAGAGAAUUUCUUGAAGAGACGGGCGCCGAUAGUAAAGCAGCACACUGAGAGCUUGCAAGGCAUCAUCGUCGCCUGCGAGCCGUACUUCCAGGUCGAUGUGGCGGCGGAUGCGGACCAGCGCAUCAUCACCCUGACUGAGUUCCAGGAGGCUUUCCGCUCAAUUAUCGAGCCUCUUCGACGCAUGGCAGUGGAGGAAAUGGACGACGAGGGCUCCGACUGGGAAAACUCGAUAGCGUCCUCGGAACAGUUGGAAAGCCUGGCAGACGUGACCAUGCAAACGGCCGGAGACUUGCCAGACGCGGAUCUUCAGUAA